AUGCCGGUCCGGAGGGGUCAUGUUGCGCCACAAAACACCUUCCUGGGAGUAAUUAUUCGUAAAUUCGAGGGACAAAACAAGAAAUUCCUCAUAGCCAAUGCCCGGGUGCAGAACUGCGCCAUCAUCUACUGUAAUGACGGCUUCUGUGAGAUGACGGGCUUCUCCCGGCCGGACGUCAUGCAGAAGCCGUGCACGUGCGACUUCCUGCACGGCCAGUUGACCAGCCGGCACUCUGUGGCCCAAGUGGCCCAGGCGCUGCUGGGCUCCGAGGAGCGCAAGGUGGAGAUCACCUACCACCGAAAGGAUGGUUCAAACUUCCUGUGCGCCACCCACAUCAUCCCGGUGAAGAGCGAGGGGGGCGUGGUCAUGAUGUUCAUCCUCAACUUCGAUUACAUCCUGGAGGAGGGCAGCAGCGACUCGCUGGAGAAACUCAACCACACCUCGCCGUCCAAAGCUGAGCAGCGAAGAUUCUUUCGCUUCCGUUUCCCGGCCCUACCUCUCCUGGGCCUCAGUAAGCAGUCCCUGCCCCAGGAAGACCCCGACGCCGUCCUGGUGGACUCCCCUCGCCACAGCGACGGCUCGGUGGCGACCCACGACUACCAGCUCCCCACCACCCGCGAGAGCUGCAGCCCCUCCUACGCUAAUGACACCCGGGCCCUCAUCGCCCCCAGCCACUGCUCCACCCCUGUGUCCGGGCCUUUGGACCACUCGUCGCCCAAGGGCCCCUGGGACAGGAUGUACCAGGACCGGGCCAUCACCCAGAACCAACACCUGAACCAGGAGGACACGUUUAACGCUGUCCCAUCGAUCCCAGGCCUCACGCCCACCGCCUCCAGAGAGAGCGUGUGCAGUAUUCGCAGAGCCUCGUCCGAGCAUGACAUGGAAGGCUUUGGGGCCAACUCCAAGAUGGCGUUCAGAGACAGACAUGCCAGUGAAGGCCCGCUGAGCCAGAUCAAAUCCAGCCUGCUCGGCUCCACCUCUGAGUCCAACAUCAACAAGUACAGCACCAUCAACAAGAUCCCGCUCAUCACGCUCAACUUCUCCGAGGCCAACAACGAGAAGAAGUGCCCCUCGUCGCCGUCCUCCGAGAAAACCAUCAUCGCCCCGAAAGUCAAGGACCGCACGCACAACGUCACAGACAAGGUCACGCAGGUUCUGUCUCUGGGCGCAGACGUUCUCCCCGAGUACAAGCUCCAGACGACACGCAUCGACAAGUGGACCAUCCUCCACUACAGCCCCUUCAAGGCCGUGUGGGACUGGCUCAUCCUGCUGCUGGUCAUCUACACGGCCAUUUUCACGCCCUACUCCGCCGCCUUCCUCCUCAACGACAUCGAGGAGCAGAGGAGGCGGGAGUGCGGCUACUCCUGCUCGCCGCUGAACGUGGUGGACCUGAUUGUGGACAUCAUGUUCAUCGUGGACAUCCUCAUCAACUUCAGGACCACUUACGUCAACAUCAACGAGGAGGUGGUGAGCCACCCGGCCAAGAUCGCCAUCCACUACUUUAAAGGCUGGUUCCUCAUAGACAUGGUGGCCGCCAUCCCCUUUGACCUGCUCAUCUUCGGCUCAGGGUCAGAUGAGACCACCACUCUGAUUGGUCUGCUGAAGACGGCCCGGCUCUUGCGGCUGGUGCGUGUCGCCCGCAAGUUGGACCGCUACUCCGAGUACGGCGCCGCUGUCCUCAUGCUGCUCAUGUGCAUCUUCGCCCUCAUCGCCCACUGGCUGGCCUGCAUCUGGUACGCCAUCGGCAACGUGGAGAAGCCGUACCUCGAGCACAAGAUCGGAUGGCUGGACAACCUGGGGGUGUCCAUAGGAAAAAUGUACAACUACAGUGAUCCCAGCUCAGGUCCCUCCAUCAAAGAUAAGUACGUCACAGCGCUCUAUUUCACCUUCAGCAGUCUGACCAGUGUGGGCUUUGGGAACGUCUCCCCCAACACCAACUCUGAGAAGAUCUUCUCCAUCUGCGUCAUGCUCAUUGGAUCUCUAAUGUACGCCAGCAUCUUUGGGAACGUGUCCGCCAUCAUCCAGCGGUUGUACUCGGGCACAGCCAGGUAUCACCUCCAGAUGCUCCGGGUCAAAGAGUUCAUCCGCUUCCACCAGAUCCCCAACCCGCUGCGGCAGCGGCUGGAGGAGUACUUCCAACACGCCUGGACCUACACCAACGGCAUCGACAUGAAUAUGGUUUAA